GUACUUAUUAAGUAAAGCAUUUUCUAACCAUUAAUUUUCCGUUAAAUUGUCUUUUACAAGUACAAUUUUGUUUGAUGAUUAAGCUGCAAAAAAAAUAUUGUAAUUAUGCAUAUAAAAUCAAUGGUGCUUGAGGGUUUUAAAUCCUAUGGAAAGAGAAUUGAAAUUAAUGGAUUUGAUCAAGAAUUCAAUGCUAUUACUGGUUUAAAUGGCAGCGGUAAAUCUAAUAUUCUGGAUGCGAUAUGUUUUGUACUUGGUAUUUCAAAUCUUGGUCAGGUAAGAGCUAGUUCUCUACAAGAACUUGUUUAUAAAUCUGGUCAAGCUGGAAUAAAAAAAGCUAGUGUUACAAUUGUUUUCGAUAAUCGAAAUCGUGAAUCUUCACCCAUGGGAUAUGAAGAUUAUGAAGAAAUUACAGUAACAAGACAAGUUGUUAUUGAUGGAAAAAAUAAAUAUAUGAUUAAUGGUUCAAAUGUACAGAAUAAAAGAGUUCAAGACAUGUUUUGUUCUGUACAACUUAAUGUUAAUAAUCCUCACUUUUUAAUUAUGCAAGGUAGAAUUACUAAAGUAUUAAAUAUGAAGCCACCAGAAAUUUUAUCUAUGAUUGAAGAAGCUGCAGGAACAAAAAUGUAUGAAACAAAAAAAGCUACAUCUUUAAAACUCAUUGAAAAAAAAGAUAGUAAGCUAAGUGAAAUAAAUGAGAUUUUGAAAGAUGAACUAGGACCUAAGAUAGCAAAAUUAAAAGAAGAACGUGCUCAAUAUAUGGAAUAUCAGCGAAUAACAAGAGAACUUGAACAUUGUAAAAGAAUUUAUAUUGCGUGGAAAUACGUUAAUGCUUUGCAAAAUAGUGAAAGAGCUAAUGAAGAUGUUAAUAAUAUUAAAGAAAAUAUUAAAAAAAAAGAAACAAAUAUUACAAAUGGUGAAGAAAAAAUGAAAUAUAUGGAAGACAAAAUUGUUGAAAUUAUCAAUAAAAGAAAUAUUGAACAAGAUAAUACCUUAGGAGAAAUUGAACAAAAUCUCAGAGAAGCAGAGAAAAAAGAACAUAAAUUAACAGCUGAAAUUAAUAGCAAUAAAGAAAAUAUUAAAGCAGCACAAACAAGUAUAAAACAAUUAACAAGUAAUAUUUUUGACGAGGAAAAUUUAUUAGGAAUUAAACAAAAGGAAAUUGAGAAAGUGGGUGGAUUAUUUGAAAAAUUGAAAGAGCAAGAUCGUUUAGAUUCAGAUGCUCUUGUGAUUGCUCAAGAAGCCUAUCAGAAAAUUAGUUCGGGUUUAUUACAAUGUGAUGAUGGUAGCAAUGCAACUUUAGAACAACAAUUUAUAAAUGUAAAACAAAAUCUUAGUGAAGCACAAACUGAAAUUAAACAAUGUGAAAUGACAUUGGCUCACAAUAAACAACAAUUGAAUAAGAAAAAAAUUGAUAUGCAGAGUACCGAAACUGAGUACAAAAAAGAUAAUAAGAAAUUAGAGGAUAUGCAGAAAGCUUUGAAAAAUUUUGAAAAUGAAUUAAAUAAAUUAAAUUAUAAAGAUGGAUUUUUAGAAUCAUUGGAAGAACAAAAAACUUGCUUAAAAAAGGACAUAAAAAAAUUUAGUGAUGAAGUAGAUCAUUUCGAAUCAAGAUAUCCUCAAUUAAGAUUUUAUUAUAAGGAUCCAGAACCAAAUUUUAAAAGAAAAUCAGUUAUAGGUCUUGUAUGUAAAUCAAUCAUAGUUAAAGAACUAAAAGCAGCUUAUGCUUUAGAAAUUGCUGCUGGUGGAAAGCUCUAUAAUGUAAUGGUUGAUACUGAGUUAACUGGUAAAAAAAUACUGAAAAGUGGUAAUUUACAAUCACGUGUUACUAUUGUGCCUUUGAAUAAGGUAUCUGGGUAUCCAAUGGAUCAACAAAUUAUUGAUUUUGCUCAAAAAUUAGUAGGCCCUGAAAAUGUACAACCAGCCUUGUCACUUAUUGACUUUCCAGAAGAAACAAGACCAGCCAUGCAAUGGAUAUUUGGAAAUAUUUUUAUUUGUAAAGACAUGAAUGUUGCAAAACAAGUAGCCUACCAUAAUAAUAUAAUGAAAAAGUGCAUUACUUUACAAGGUGAUGUAUUUGAUCCAUCAGGUAUUUUAUCUGGUGGUGCACCUGCUAAAGCUGGUUCUAUAUUAUUAAAAUUAGAUGAAUUGAAAGAAGUACAGCUUACAUUGAAUAAAAAACAACAAUCUCUCCAAGAUAUUCUUGCAAGAAUUGAAAAUAUUAAUCAAAUUGCUGACAGAUUCAACUCACUUAAACAACAAUAUAAUAUUAAACAGCAUGAAUUAGAUAUGGUAAUGCAGCGACUACAGAAAACUACACAUCAUCAAUUAAAACAAGAAGUAGAAAAUCUAGAACUUUCAAUUAACAAAUUAAAAGAAAAAAUGAUCUUGGCUAAAGAAUCAGAACAAAUUAGUUUAAAACGUUCUAAUGAAAUAGAAAUACAAUUAAAAGAUGCUGAUAAUAUUCGAGAACGACAAUUAAAAGAGGCUGAAAACAAAUUAAAAAACCUAAAAAAGAAGGCUGAAUCAAGCAGAAAAGAAUGGCAAAAAAGAGAGCAAGAAGCUGAAACAUUGAAUCUAGAAAUAUUUGAACUAAAAAAAACAAUUGAAAAUGGAAAAGAACAACUGGAAAAAGCAAAGGGAAAACUUAAUGAGCUGAUAGAAAAAGAAAAUACAUUAAAAAAUGAUCUUAAAGUAGCAAAUAAAAUUGCUAUAGAAUUACAAAAUAAUUUAAAAGCUCGCAAAGAAGCUAUACAUCAACAUAAUAUUGAAAUACAAAAAUUACAAUGUGAAAAGGAAAAUAUUUUAAAACAAAAACAAGACAUAGAAUUAGAAAUAAAAAAAUUGAGCCACGAAGUUACUGCCAUAAAAAAUACCGCUAAUGAAUGCAAAAAUAAAAUUACAGAAUAUUUACGAAAACAUGAAUGGAUUGAGCAGGAACAAAAAUAUUUUGGAGAAAAAGGUAGUAUGUACGAUUUUGAAACUAACAAUCCAGAAGAAAUGGGUCAAAAAACACGUGAAUUUGAAGGAAUCCUUGCUAAGUUAAGUAGGACAGUAAAUGCAAGAGCAAUGCAUCAUUUAAAUCAAGAAGAAGAACAACAUACGGAUUUAUUAAAGAAGAAAAAAAUUUUGGAAGGAGACAGAAAAAAAAUAUUGGAAUCUAUUAAAAAAUUAGAUGAAAAAAAGAAAAGUACACUAUUAGAAGCUUGGGAACGUGUAAAUAAAGAUUUUGGUUCAAUAUUUAAUACAUUACUUCCUGGUGCUGAUGCCAAAUUAGAACCCCCGGAAAACCAAAGCGUCCUUGAUGGAUUAGAAGUUAAAAUUGCACUUUGUGGAGUAUGGAAAGAAUCAUUAGGUGAAUUAUCAGGAGGUCAAAGGUCUUUGGUAGCACUUUCAUUAAUUUUGGCUAUGUUAUUGUUUAAACCAGCACCAUUAUAUAUUUUGGAUGAAGUUGAUGCAGCAUUAGAUUUAUCGCAUACUGAAAAUAUUGGUGCUAUGUUAAAACGUCAUUUUAAAAGUUCUCAAUUUAUAGUUGUUUCAUUGAAAAAUGGUAUGUUUAAUAAUGCUAAUGUAUUAUUUAAAACACGUUUUGUUGAUGGUAUGUCAACUAUAACUAGGACAGAAAGGCCAAGGUCAAAAUAACCACGAUUUUUAAUUAAUUGAAUGUAUAUAACUAUUUUAAUGUUAAGACUAAAAUAUUUUUACAUUAAU